CAGAGCCUCACAGCCUUCACUAUCAUUUUACGACAGACUCCUCUCCUGGAGCUGGGCACCCAUCCUUUCAAGCGGUGGGUUACAUAGAUGAUAUACAGAUUUCACGAUAUGACAGUAAGACCCGGAGAGUACAGCUUCUCCAGCCCUGGAUGAAGACUGAUAUAAAUCCUCAGCAUUGGGAGAAUCAGACCCGGAUCGCUCAGUAUUAUGAAGACAGGCAACAAGAGAUCACAGAUGAUGUAAUGAAACAUUUCAAUUACACCAAAGAUGGAAAUGAUGGGUUUGUUUUUACAAGUUCGAUUUUGGUGCCUGACAUCUGGAGAUGAAGAUGAGAACUAUAGCGGAUAUGAAGAGUUUGCAGCCAAUGGGGAUAAUUUUAUAGCCCUGGAUACAUUUAUGUCCAAGUAUGUCCCCCUGAUGGCUAAUGCAAAGAAAAUGGCAGAUGUCUGGAACAGACGCAAGUCCAGUGCUGAAAAGCAAAAGGGGUAUAUGGAGCAUGAGUGUAAGAGGUGGUUCAAGGUCUACCUGCACCAUAUGAAAGAGAUCUUAAAGCCUGUGCUUCCUGAAGUAAAGGUUUGGGGUCAUCAUCGGUCAGGGGAGAUGACAAGUCUUCAGUGCCUGGUGUACGGGUUUCACCCCCGAGAUGUGGAUGUGAUGUGGAUGAGGAAUGGGGAGGACCAUGUUCCUUCAGAUGAAAUGAGUCCAAUUCUCCCCCAUCCUGAUGGCACCUAUCAGACCAGAGUUAGUGUGGAAGUGCCAACCAAGGAGGGAGACACUUACUCCUGUCAUGUGGACCACAGCAGCCUGGAGGAUGUUCUUAUUGUGAAUCUGACCGAACAGGAUAUUCCAGAAUCUAAAAUGGAAAAACGUGGGAUCAUCGGACUGUGUAUUAGCAUUAUUUUCAUUCUUUUGGUGAUUUGUGGUUUUGUAAUCGUUACAAAGAAAAUUCUUUCAAGACGUGGAGAGCCUGGAAAAAUAGAAGUGGAGAUGGAGGAAAGCGGCAGUUGA